AUGUUGCAAGCAGGAAAAAUGUUUGAGGUUGCUGCCAAUUUGUUUUGUAUUUAAAUUUUUAUUUGCUCAGUGAUUAUUGUUUUGUUGUGGGAAAGUCUACUUCUUAUCAGUUCCUGCUUCGUUAUAUGUAGAACAUUAGCAGCUGAUGAAGAUUUUGAUGAUGAUUACACACCUCGUCACUUAAUGAACGAUCAAGCGUCUUUUUUUCAGUCUCCAUUCUCACAUGAUAGUGCCAGAAGAGUGGGUAAAGCACAAAAUUUAGCCAAAGAUGAAACAGGAACUGCAGAAACAUCAUCUUUAUCAUCUGAUUCCGACUCUGAAGAUGAAGAUGAUGAUGAUGAAUACUAUGAGGAUAGUGAUGAGAGCAUAAGCGAAAGUAGUAGUGAUGAAUCAGUGCCACGUUUAUUGUCGCAAUCUGCAUUUAAUCGUAUAUCUGAGACUUUGGGUGCUUUGAAUACGGUUGGACAUCUACUGGUAGAUAUGACACGUGGUGGACAUGAUGUUAAGUCAGAUUCUACGGAAGUUUCUAGUACCACAGAAAAUAUUAAAAGUAUUGGCACUACAACAGCAUUUGCAGCAGUUAGAACAGAAAAUGAUGUUAAUCCCACCGUGAGAAUUAUAACUGAUUUAAAUGAGAAUAGCUUAAGAAACAAUGGCAGCAUAAAUAACAUACAAGUAGCAACUAAACGUAUUGGUCAAGAAGAACCACUUGGUAAACCUAUGUUUAUUGAAACGAAAGACACAAAAAAGAAGAAGAAAAAGAAGAAUAAGAAUAAAAAUAAAAUAAAGAAACCAAAUUCUGAUUUGCCAGUAGAAGGCACUACUGCUAAGAUCCAGUUAAGUAAAUUGCCUACAACACUUAGACCAACCACAACAACAUUAGCUACAACACAUAAACCUAUAGAUUUAUUACCACUGGCAUCUGACGAAUCAUCAGCCAAAGAUGUCGAAAAUCGUUGUAAAACUCCAAACGGUAGGCCAGGACGAUGUGAAGAUCUUAGCAGUUGUCCAGCAUUGCUAUUAAAUUUAAGCAGUCUGCGAGAAUCUCUAUGUUUUAAGAGUCUUUUUGUACCAGGCGUUUGUUGUCCAAUUCCGGAAAGCUCCACCAUAUUAACUACUCAAAGACCGUUAAAAUUAACAACUAAAGCAACAACAACCACUGCACGUCCUUCUACACACAAACCAGCUUCAAAUCCAAGUUUGGUGUUAAUACCACAACAACGACCAACAACAACUACCACCACCACAACCCCAAAUCCACUUGAUGUUAUAUCAAAUGAAUUAGAUUUGUUGGGUGGUAAUAAUAUAAUAGAUCCAGAAGAAUGUGGGCAGCAGGAAUAUUCAACUGGGCGUAUUGUAGGUGGUGUAGAGGCACCUAAUGGACAAUGGCCAUGGAUGGCGGCAAUUUUUUUACAUGGACCUAAACGUACAGAAUUUUGGUGUGGUGGUUCUCUAAUAGGCACUAAAUAUAUACUCACAGCGGCACAUUGCACGCGGGAUUCAAGACAGAAACCUUUUGCUGCUCGUCAGUUUACAGUACGUCUGGGUGAUAUUGAUCUAUCAACAGAUAAUGAGCCAUCGGCACCAGUUACAUUUGCGGUUAAGGAGGUUCGCGCACAUGAGAGAUUUUCAAGAAUUGGUUUCUAUAACGACAUUGCUAUAUUGGUACUUGAUAAACCAGUACGCAAAUCAAAGUAUGUGAUACCAGUGUGCCUACCAAAAGGUACUCGCAUGCCACCAAAAGAACGCUUACCAGGACGUAGAGCGACUGUUGUCGGUUGGGGUACCACGUACUAUGGCGGAAAAGAAUCUACAACACAAAGACAAGCGGAACUUCCAAUUUGGCGUAAUGAAGAUUGUGACCGUUCGUAUUUCCAACCAAUCAAUGAAAAUUUUGUAUGCGCUGGAUAUUCUGAUGGCGGUGUUGAUGCUUGUCAGGGUGAUUCCGGUGGUCCACUUAUGAUGCGUUACGAAUCACAUUGGGUACAACUUGGAGUUGUAUCGUUCGGUAAUAAAUGCGGUGAACCGGGCUAUCCUGGUGUAUAUACGAGAGUUACACAAUAUUUGGACUGGAUACGAGAUCAUACAAAAGAUUAGCUACACAUAGAACUGUUUAGUUAAAACU